GUCCACGUUCCUGAUCUGUUUCCCAUUCUCAGUGACUACCUACCUACCGGGGUACGUACCUGCAUCUCGCACGGCACUCCGUAGAAUGGGUGGCCUUCGAGGAGGUCACGAGCUCAACUGGUUACCUAGAUAUGGUAAUAGGUAGCCUGCUUUACACUUUGGCAGUUUUACACCUGCCACUUGUUACGAAUUGCACGUGGGGAAAAGACUUGGAGGACUUUAGAGUCGAACAAGGCCUGGCCGCCCCCCUCAAUACUUUUAGCAUGUGGAUCAUGUUGGAGGUACAGCACGCAAUGACAUGGAGCUGCAUCAAUGAGACAGGACCCUUGAUCUUCAGUCCCUUUAUUGUCCAUUUACGUCGUGCGCCAACUUAUAUACAGUCCUGAGUCUGCUGUUGCUCUCGGCCCGAGGCUUUCCGUCACCCUUCGUGUCGUCCCAACAGUGGAAGAUGGCACAACAGAGUGCCCAACACACCUUCCUCUUCGCGGAAGCAGCCGUC